AUGCCCAAACCCAUACUGAUCGCAGAUCCUUACCUCUGUCUCGUACCCCUCCCACCUCUUGUUAUCCCUAACAUUACCCCUCGCACUCAAAGUCCCGUAAGACCUCCUACACCUUACUACGCAACUCAUCACAAUCCGAAUGGAUUACACCCUUCGCUCAAAGAUGACAAAGCUCCUUUGAUCAAAGAAAGGGAGUCACUUGAGAAAGAUCAAGAACAAGUCAAUGGGAAGAAACAGAAUUCGGAAGAGAAGAAAUCAAUCAAGAUUACAGAGAAAGAAUGGAAGUUUUCCCUCGAUGAUUUGAUUAGGGUUAGACAUCCUGACCAAGGUGGGGAUUUGAAGAAGGGUGUUAUGGUAGGAAGGAUGAGGAAGGAGUCGGAAAAUAUCUCUCAGGCAAUGUGUCUUCGGUGGAAAUCAAUACGAUCUGGCCUCGUCAAUUCUACGUCCCAAUCUUUCGUUUUGAAAAAGCUCGAACUUUCCGGAUAUCUCAUCUCCACACCUGCCCGCACACCUCUCCUCGCCCAAGAGCUACAUCUCGAUAACAACUUGAUCUCCCGCACUCACGCCGAGAUCUUCAUUGAUCACCAUGGCCAACCAUUCCUCCUCGAUACGAAAUCCCUUCACGGUACCUACAUUCUCCGUUCUUCCGACCUCAGCGUUUUGAAGGAACUCAAGAAGGGUGUUCCGUACCCUCUUCAUCAUAGCGAUCUGGUCCGCUUCGGUAAAAAGUUCAAGGACGAAUUAGCCCCUCCCGUCUUUCGAGUCGAGAUUCCAAGGCAAUGGUCGCACUUGCAUGAGUCGGAUAGGUCUCGUGCUCCCAAACCGGUAUUCCAUCCCUAUCUGGACCGCCCGAUGACCGUCCGAAUUCACGUCCUUGAGCGUGCGGUGUCCCCACGUCAUGAUGGGGCCAGCCUAGGAGAUUCGGAAGAGGAUGCUUGGUUGUCUGGCAAUUCGUUGAAGUAUAGAACCACAGAAUCUGGAGUGGGAAAAAGUGACAAGUCGGUAUCGCACAAGGAGACCGCACGCCACAAACAUCACGGUCACCACGAACACCAUAAAACGUCGACUGUGGUCUCCAAAAUGCCCAUCGCUAAAGUCACUUCACCACGGUCUACGCAUCAGGAUAGAAAUAUUCAACUUCCGGUGGUCAAAUCCGAGCAUCGGCGUCGUGAUAAAGAUGACAUUGCCAAACUUAACGCAUCUCAAUUGACAGGCUCCAAGUUGUCUGAAGAACAGGUGAGAAAGACCGAAUCACCUCCAAUUGGGCUGGAGACCAAGGGCAAGCCCAGUAGCCCACCGGUCUCUACUAAAGGUGCAUAUGGCGUACCCCCGUCCGUCUUGUACGACACGGAUGAGGAUCGCGCAUUCGACAGAUCGCGUUCAGGUAGCGGACAACCUGUGUCUCGUAUGUCACAACUCGAUCAAGUGGAAGAAGAAGAGAUCAUCGUCACGUCCACAUCAAAGAAGAUGAAGAUAGAGGCUAUUAUGGUUGACUCGGAUGUUGAGAUCAUCACUCCCAUCAGCAAACUCAUCAAAAAGAACGGUUCUUCCACUUCUCCCUUUGUCGUCGAUGACGAUGAUGGACUUCCAGAAGUCAGAGACAUACACGACAAAGCACUUUUCUCCGCACUUGACAAUCCCACCCAAGAUGCGAAGCAAGGUACACAAGGGACCGCCACGGUGGAGCUCGGAGUCAAACCUGUUCAUCCGAUAGCUGAAGAGAUUAGGCUUGAACAUCGCCAAAUAAAUCAGCUAAACAUUCGUCUUGACAUUGCCGAGUUUCCCCCCAAACAUGGCCAUGGAGUCAUGGCGGUGGUGGGAGAAGCUAGUAUAGAUCUCAACAGUACAGGGGAACUCAAAGAACAUAUCAAGAAAGAAGGUGUCCCCGUCACUUCUGCUGAGCUCCCUCAAUCUGCCGACGAACGUUAUGCAUCUGCCACCUCUUGUGAUCAUGCCGAAAACGGGUCGACCGAUGAUUCGUCGCAAGUACAGACUACCUUGCUUUCUCCACCAUACAAACCCUCAUUCUCUACUCCAACUAGGCGACCCUCAUCUCCGGUCAACCGACCUCGUACUCCAAGUAUCAAGGACGAUAAGAAGCCAGACUCUCAGGGCGUUGACCACGACGAUGAAGAUCGAUACUCGGAAGACUCUAUGACGUUUUCGGAAGCAUGUGCUCGUGGGGCAUACGUUCGUCUUUGGCCUAAGGACGAAUAUCCCCAGUCGGAACAACACAGCGAGGCCGGGGACUCGAAUUCGUCGUAUAGCUCGGAGGUAGAUGAUGAGGGUGAUGGAUCCGAGGACUCGCAUAUGUCAUACGGUUCUGAUAAGUAUGACGACAAAGAGAAGUCUUGUUCUGAAAGUAUGAGUGAGUCAGAAGAAUCUGAUUUGUCAUACGGAUCGCAGAGGGAUGAUGGGAAGCCUGAGGAAUCUCAUUCGCCGUACGCCUCUGAGAGGUAUGAUGGGAAUCCUGAGGAAUCUCAUUUGCCGUACGCCUCUGAGAGGUAUGAUGAUGAUUCUGAAGGUCUGUACGACGAAGAAGAGGAAGAACUCGUGUACGAUGAUGAAGAUUCGCAUAUGUCAGACCAUUCGGAGCAAGAUGGACGGUCUUAUGUAUCAGAGGCGGACGACGCCUCGAGGAGAUCGGAUGACGGGGAAUUAUACGUCUCGCAACACCAGAAUUCGGACCGUCACGAGAUAUCAGACUUCUCCGAUGCUCCGGAUGUCGAUAAGCCUUAUCACGAUGAUCGCGACGUGUCGUCUGAUUACGGACACAAUGAUGAACGUCACAUCUCCGAGGAUCGACUGAACCAUUCGGCCCAAGACGAAGUUUCAAACGUUCCGGUCGAUGAGUCUAACCACCUUCCGGGUUUCAAUAAGAUUUCGGAUAGCCACAAGGAGCUCCUCCACACAGCGUUGAAGGUGGAACAGGGUGUAUCGGGGAAGCGGGAGGCGGUGGAGUUGCAGAACGCCAGUGAGCGGGAGUUGGAAUGGCGAGAUGGUGGGAUCGACUAUGAGGAUGAAGGGCGAGGUGGUGGGGUAGAUUAUGUGGACGAACAACGAGGUGAUGUAAUGGAGUACGAUGAAGAUGGAGACCUGGAAGACCAGGAAGAGUAUGACGAGGAGGAUGAGCAAGAGGAAGAGGACUAUGAGGAUGAGGAAGAGGAAGAAGAUGAUAACUAUGCGGAGGAUGAAGAUGAAUACGGCGAGGAGGAUGAUUACCUCGAGGAUGAAGAAGACAAUCAUGUCGAUGAGGAAGAACAAGAGGUUAUGGAUCAAGCUGAGGACCGAGAGUAUGGUAGGGAUGAUGAACAUCAGCAAGAAGCUGUCAAGAAGUAUGAAGAGGACAAUGUCGACCCAGCUUCUAUGGUUGACAAUCCGAACAUCUUCCAAACAGGUGAUGAGACCCCUCUAACCCAUGUUAUCGAGGCUGUCCAAGUCGGAAACUCCGUGCACACUGAGGUGGUAGACGUACAAGUCUCUUCGACCGACCACUCGAAUACGAUCCAAACCAACGGUGAGAUACCUCCGGUCCAAGUCAUGGGAGUUGUCGCCGUUGGAGACAGCGUGAACUCUGAGUCAGUAGACCAUCAAGCGGAAGAAAUGAUAGUCAAAGAUGAACAUGGUGUAACUCAAGAAACUGAGUCACCGAUAUGGCGUAUGGCAUCACCGUUGGAAAGUUUGUCAACGGGUAUGAUGGAAUUUUCGGAGGCUGUGUGGUCGUCUUCUAGAUUGGGAACGUAUGACACCACACGUCCUCUCAUGUACAAUGUCAAUGACAAUCUCCAUUUCCGUACUCCAUCUCUUACCAGCUCCAACCGUGCUUCAUCACAGGAAGUGAUACUUACUCCUCCUACCAAACGUAAAUUGUCAGAGGUGGAAGAACAAGUGACCAUCGAUACGGCUGUCCAAACGGAACAACACUUCCUUUCCUCCAUCAAUAUUCACGUUCCAUCCCCUCGUACCCCUUCUGCAUCUCUCACAUCAGGGCACACUUCAUCCUCUCAUACCUCUGCUCCCAACGAGACCUCUCCGGUACAAGAUAAACAACCCGGCGUGGUCACUCACGCUCGAGGUGAGAAGGAAAGACAAGAUGAACAACGACACAAGAAAGAGAUCGAGAGGGAAAGACGCACGGGUGAACCACCAAGGAAGAAGAGAGAUUUGGGAAUGGUGGUUUUGGGUAUGGCGUUAGGUACGGCGGCGACCAUUGCGGGGUUGCUCCAAUUUGCCGAUUGA